CGCGGAUUACGGGCGCUCGUCUGCCGCAUCAUUCUACGAGGGUGGUGCAAGCGCCAAUAUUAGCCGCGCAAUGCUUUCCGAUUCAGGUGGUUAUGCUACGAAAAAGCCUGCCUUUUUGCGAGGUCGCCGUCUUGGCGGUGCCGCCAUGCACCGGCAACAGCUGAAAAAAGUCGGAUCGUGGACAAGCAGUGAAAACAUUUUCAACGCCAGCACAGAUUUGUUGAUGCAACUUAGUCACUUUGACGGCGAAGGUCGCUUGAACGCGGCAUCCUCGGCCAAUGCGUCGUACGACCUCAGCUCUAUAGGCAAUCUUAACAUGGACGAGCAUCACAUGCGAAAAUUCUUCACCAAUCACGCCCCGUCGUGUCCCUUGGAAACGUUAAAGCAUUUGGCUAAGACCGGAGAACAGGAAGAAGUGAUGCUGUGCGCGCGUCUUCAGUAUUACUACUGUCAGAUUUCACCUCACGAGUCUUUGGGAGACUACAGCCGCAAGUGGUUUGCUUACGAUCCGCUUCCUGGGGCAUCAAAUUUGUUGGGAACCCCACCCGGAGGAGCUUUCCCUGCUGCAUUCGCGAAGGCUUCAUCCGGUGACAGUACUCUUUCACCUGGACGCACAGAUGAAGGAGGUACAAGUAGUAGCGCAAGGCAUCAAUGCAGUGCUGCUCGUGCCAGUGACUCGAAGGCCAAUGGUGGAAGCAAUUUUUUUUCACCAUCAGCAUCGCAUAAACCAAAAGACGAUAGAAGCGCUGGCUUGUUAGGCGCGAGAACGUCCUCUGGUGUCCUGAACAGAACCAGUUCGUCGGCAUCAAGCUCUUCCUCUACUCGUACACCAGAUCAAUCGAAGUGGUCCCGCACUAGGAGGAAACCAGCUGCGUCGAUAGUGUCCGAAAACUCCUCUUAUGGAUUAAGG